UUCUAGGCUGGAGGGGUGUGUGUGUGUGUGUGGGGGGUGAAUGCACUCCCAUUGCUACAGUGCGGACCCGAUCUGCCACCUGCACGCUCAGGGAGCCCCUGCUAUUCGCUGUAAGGUAGAGCAGGAGCGUGCGAGGGACACGGAGAGGACAGAGGGAGUCGCGCGCGCGUAACGCAGGCAGCCUCGCAAACAGGAGAAGAACCUCAGGGCGGUUUGGAUGUGGUGCCUCCAGCCUAAAAAUACCGUGGAACACGUGUAGGAUUGGCGCAAAUCGGCUCUUUUCAUUCCCGCUUUCCUGGUUCUUUCCUCCCAGCCUCUCUUCCUACCUUCCGCCUAUCUGUCGCUCCUCUCUUUCCGCUCCAGUCCUUAUUGCGGUCUCUGAAGGGAAUUAACCUGUCCCUCCUACCACUCAACAGAGCGAACAAAAAGGCAGAGGACAGCAAGCUGUAGCAAAUCCCUUUUUUUUUUCACCGAGUCCCCGCGUUGCGCUCAAUAAGUGAAGAAUGUGUCGCCUAUCACUCACUGCUGGGAUCAAGUCUGAGCGCCUGUCCCACGCGCUUAUUGUGCUCGUCUGCAAAGAGGCACCCCAGCAGAGAGGCAGCGCGCUCGAGGAGAGCACGUCCGCGCUCGAGGCAGGACACUGACGAGCUGACGCUCGCGCCGUGGACACUUCGGUCUUUCUCCGGCUCUGGGUUUUUCCGUCGCGCAAAGUCAUUUAAAAAAACAAAAACAAAAGGGGGAAAAAACAUUUUUGUGAAAAAAGAAAUAAACUUUUCAGAGAGGUUUUUGCUGAUUUUAAUACGCGACGCGAGAGCCCCCUGUACAGACGGAGCAUGUAACUACCUGCUCAGAGACACAGGUUCUUGUGUGACCGGGAGGACGAGCCGUGUCUCUUUCUGUCGGUGCUGCGGCUCGCGUUGACACCUUGGUGUAGAAUCUCGCCAUAACAAGUGUCGCUCCGGACUGAGCCUGUCCCUUACCGAGCACCGGGGAAGGGAGAAAGGAGGAGAAGGUCUUUCUGGGACGCGUCAGGAGACUGUCGGGUGUCUCCUGUUCACGCCGAUUGUUUUCAAUGAACGGAGAAACCAACUCUUUAAAAUAAAUUACUAAGCAUAUGGACAUUAUUUCCCAAAGACUAACAGCACCAUUUAGCCUCGAAGCAAGCAACAAAUCAUAGAAGAAGAGAAGAACAUCCAAUUUAAUCACAGACUCUGUCACUUUGUAGACUUUGUGAGCGCGGCACUGGGCUGUUCUCUGUUGAGAAGUGGCCCGUCCUUUAUCAUAAGGCUGUACUGGGCUUGCCUUUUCCAAGGGAGAAAAGCGACGAGCAGCUUUUUGGUCACCGCGACACGAUGCGGGUGCUCGCCCUGCUCGCGGCGGUGCGGGCAGUGUGCGCGCUCCUGGUCUCCUCGCUGUCCGGCACGGAGGCGGUCAACAACAGCGGGCGCUGGUGGGGGAUCGUGAACGUGGCCUCUUCGGCCAACCUGCUGACGGACUCCCGGAACGUGCAGCUGGUCCUGGACCCCAGCCUGCAGCUGCUGAGCCGGCGGCAACGGCGCCUGAUCCGCCAGAACCCCGGGGUGCUGCACGCCAUCGCGGGGGGGCUGCACGCCGCCAUCAAGGAGUGCAAGUGGCAGUUCCGCAGCCGGCGCUGGAACUGCCCCACCACGCAGAGCCCCAAUGUCUUCGGCAAGAUCGUCAACCGCGGCUGCCGGGAGACGGCCUUCGUUUUCGCCAUCACGAGCGCGGGGGUCACCCACGCGGUGGCGCGCUCCUGCUCCGAGGGCUCCAUCGAGUCGUGCACCUGCGACUACCGCCGGCGCGGCCCCGGGGGGCCCGACUGGCACUGGGGGGGCUGCAGCGACAACAUCGACUUCGGGCGCGCCUUCGGGCGCGAGUUCGUGGACUCCAGCGAGAGGGGGCGCGACCUGCGCUUCCUCAUCAACCUGCACAACAACGAGGCCGGCAGGACGACGGUGUUUUCGGAGAUGAGGCAGGAGUGCAAGUGUCACGGCAUGUCGGGCUCCUGCACCGUGCGGACCUGCUGGAUGCGGCUGCCCAGUUUCCGCGCGGUGGGCGACUUCCUGAAGGACCGCUUCGACGGGGCCUCGCGCGUCGUCUACAGCAACAAGGGCAGCAACCGGGCCUCGCGGAGGGCGGACCCCCGCCACCUGGAGCCCGAGAACCCCGCGCACAAGCCGCCGUCCGUCCGCGACCUGGUCUACUUCGAGAAGUCACCCAACUUCUGCUCCUACAACGGGAAGACAGGCACGCCCGGCACCGUCGGGAGGAACUGCAACAGCUCGUCCCCGGCGCUGGAUGGGUGCGAGCUGCUGUGCUGCGGCCGGGGGUACCGGACCAGAACCGAGCGGGUCACUGAGCGGUGCAACUGCACCUUCCACUGGUGCUGCCAUGUGAGCUGCCUGAACUGCACCAGCACACAGACUCUGCACCAGUGCUUGUGAGAGAGAGGAGAGAGAGGAGAGAGAGGAGAGAGGAGAGGAGAGAGAGAGGAG